GGUGCUGGGGCUCGCUGCCUCGGUCUGCUCCUGUCGGGCUUUGCUGCUGUCCGGCUUGCUCCUGCGUGCCUCGGUCUGCUUCUCGGUCAAGCACCGCAUCCCAGCCAAAAGCCAGAACAAUGACGGUCAACAGCGACAUCGUGGUCUCCUACUGCUGGAGCGAUAAGCCCGUGGUCAAGAAGCUCGUCCAGCGACUGAGAGACAGGGACCUGUCCAUCGGCUUCGAAGAGUACAAAAUCCGCCACGACGGUCUCCUCGACCAGGAGGCUGCCAACAGCAUCAGCAACUGCAAGGCCUUUGUGUGCUGCCUCUCGCCCAGCUACGAAAAGAGCAAGGCUUGCAUGAACGAGCUCCGCUUCGCCGCCGACCAGCACAGGCCGACCCUGCCCGUCCGUCUCGGCCACGACAGGCUUGGUGACGAGGUGCAUCGGGCCAUCGCCAGCAAGACCGGCCACUUGCUCGAGACCGAUUCAGACGAGGAUAUCCAAAAGGCCGUCGACGCCAUCAUCAGCAUCGUCGGCGAAAUCGACAGCGCCGACCCGGCCGCGCCCUCUGCAGGCGACGCUGCCGCAGACUCGCAAGCCGCCAAGUCCCCCUCGGGCCCGCACGGGUUCGAGCGCCUGGCUUACGACGAGGCCAACAGCAGAAUCACCGUCAAGAACCUUUCGGACCAGACGAUCCUCUGUCGCGUAUCGGGCUUCAGCGGCGGUAGUAGCGCCUGGUUCCCCAUUAACCCCAACGGAGAAGACAGUUGGGGCCGCAAGGGCUGGGAGGCAGUCGAGAUCCGCAACCGCAACGACACCAUCCACUUUGGCACAUACCUGCCCCCCGGCGUCGUCAUGGGCCUCCGCGACUUUGAGAUAACGGAGAAGAACUCGCCGUUCAUUGUCGAGGAGAACCCUGGUGUCGAGGGCAUCGCUUUCCGAAACGACUCGUCAGGGUCCGUCGAGUGCCGCGUCACCAAGUACUCGAACGCCGAGGGCUCGGACGAGAUCGUCACCAUCGAGCCCAACGGCCAGGAUCGAUGGAACCGCAGCAACUGGGAGGUCCUUGUGGUCAUCGACAGCGAGGGCCGCCGCAUCGGCGUCGCCGUCAGCAGCGGCAAGCUUGUUCAAUUCCAGGGCAUCCAAUAACGGGAAGUGGCCCUGGUGGCUUUGGAGGGGAACAGAGCACCAAAUACAGGAGUGCUCGGCUGUGUCUGUCUCUGCUGAAACUGUCAUCGCAGAUGCACAAUAAGAAUGCCCAGGGCAGCUCACCCAUA